CCUGUUCCCGAAAACGUGUUGCGCGUGCGGCGCACGGGGCGGGGUCGUUCCCUUGUUCGCCAUACUUGCACAGAAGCUCGGAGAAAUAGACGCACUUACGGCUAAGACACUGCUGCAUUUAAUAUAACGACAUGGCUGAGGAUGAGGUGACUCCGGAGCAGCUAGCAGCCAUUGCCGCCGAAAACGAAGAGCCAGAGUCGGUGAACUACAAGCCACCUGCCCCGAAGACAGUGAAGGAGAUCCAUGAGCUGGAUAAGGACGAUGAGAGCUUAUGCAAAUAUAAGGAAGCUCUGCUCGGCACUGUGGUCACCGAAGCUGUCUCAGAUCCUAAUGCUCCCAAUGUUCAGGUGACCCGGAUGUGUCUGGUCUGUGAAAGCGCCCCAAGCCCCCUGGUCUUGGACUUGCAAGGCGACCUGGAAGCCUUGAAGAAGCAGGCAUUUGUUCUGAAGGAGGGGGUUGAAUACAAAAUAAAGAUCAGCUUUAAGGUGAUCAGGGAGAUUGUUUCGGGUCUGAAGUAUGUUCAGCAGACGUACAGGAAAGGAGUGAAGAUUGACAAAUCAGACUACAUGGUGGGCAGCUACGGGCCACGUCCAAAUGAAUAUGACUUCCUGACCACGAUGGAAGAGGCUCCUAAAGGUAUACUGGCCCGCGGCAAUUAUGUCAUCAAAUCCAAGUUUACUGACGACGACAAGCACGACCACCUGUCCUGGGAGUGGAACCUCAACAUUAAGAAAGACUGGAAAGACUAAAAGAGGCCUUUGUGUUUGGGGGAGGGGGGCGAGGGAACUUAACUCCCUCAGCCGCUCCCCUCAUCCCUGCCCUGUGUCCACCAUUUCUGCCUUUGUUUUUACUUUCUUGUGCAUUUCAUGUUCUCAUGCCUUAGUUCUCGCCUGGCUGUCUUUAACACCCUGGUGUCUGACCCACCUGUGUCGGCAUCGGAACCCAUGCAGUGCGACGCACACGAGCUGCCUCUGUUCACCAACCUGUCAUCCUCACUUGUGCACCCCCACUGAGCUGUGCCAUGUAGCACCUUACUCCCUCACUCCCAGGCCCUCUUUUAUUUUGUCUCCUUGUUUUUUUUGCUGCUUGAAGAGAUUAACCCUGCUUUCCACCUCUCCAGAACGGUGUCUUCCUCUCUCAGUAUGAAGUACAUACAUGUGGAAAAGCAACUGUACAAUCAACUUUUGUUUGCCUUUUUUAUAUAAUUGUAUCAAUGGUUGUGUAAUGUGACUGUAUUCACAUCACUGUUAAUCAGCUCGUGUUCAUAGCAG